AUGGCGGCUCACACUCCAGACAGCGAACGCCGAACAAGCAGUGAAUACUCGGGCGUCCCUUCGACCCCACGCCGGAAUCUCAAUGGCAAUGGCAUUGGAAACCCCUUUGCGUCCUCCAACGGACACUCGCGGCCUAGCAGCAACACGCCUUACGUUCCCUCGUACAUGUCGCACAUACCUUCGCGCUCGCAAGCCUCCAAUUUGUCCAUCAACGUGCCCAAGAGUCCCGCAUCUUCCCAGCAAUCGGCAGUCGAGCUCCCAGCGAACGAGGUGAGCAUUGGAGCGCCUCGGGGACAGCUGCUUCUCCUGGCUGCGGGCACUCUCCACCAAUCUCUGCUCUCCUACAUCGAACUGCUGGUCACUCGCCAGCCCUUUUCAGGCAUCAUUCUCGUUGGAAGCCACGAUGAGGAGGCCGCGUUGAAGGCGCUGAAGAUGAACUGCUUUGCGUUGAUUGGCAGGCUGAGCAAAGAGAUGAGCGUGAGUGUGUACUUUCAAGAUCAGUGGACUCUUGGGGAUAUGGAGGCCACCUUACAACAAAUCACAAAGACGGGAGAAGGUAUACAAGGCGUGAUAUGCUGUCCGGACACCCUGCCAGAAGAGACGGAUAGUCGAGGAGUCCUCGCCAUGUCUGGAGGUCUGCUUCAACAAGCCAUUACAAGACGCGUCACUUUUGUGGAAAGUGCUAUCCAGGUUCACAAAAAUCAUCUGAUGGACAGGCCUAAAGCCAACAGCGGCAACUCGUCUCGUGCUCCUCGAGGACCGUUCUUCCUGGUUGCUGGUCCUCCAGCACUUUCUGCAGCUUCACAAAUUGCAAAAGCUGCCUCCGACCACCUACUGGCCAUGUUCAACGCAGCACUCCAGGCCUUUGGCGUGACCGUCGCUUAUGCUGAAGACAUCCUCAUCCCAGAUUCUGUAAAGGUCGGGGAGGCAUCAGACGCCACGAGUGGGCCAAUCCUACAACCGGCAGAAGUGGAUGCCACCGGCCAAGAUCAGCCCCAAGACACCGACUACAUGGUCCCAGAGUCUCCGACCAAACUGUGGGCGUUGUGGAGUGGCGCUGGGAACAUCGAGUGA